CAAAGGACACGUUAACUGGCGUUUUGAUGGUUUUUGAAAAAUAAAUGAAAGGGAAAUUAUAAUACCUAAUAUCAUUAAUCAAAUUGUAUAAAACAUGGAUUAUGAUUUAUCAAGGAUCGACUAUACCAUUAGUGGUGUUACAUACCCAGAAACAUUACGAAUAUUACCUGCGCCUGGACCUAAAAUGCAGCAAAAGUUUGUGAUUGGAGAUAAAAACGGUGUAUUACAGUGUUUGAGCGUAAAAGAUGAGGAACCAGUUGUUCAAUUCAAAACUUUACCUGGAAAAUCCAUAACGUCCGUCCAACUGGCAUCUACAUCCGGACCUCAAGCAGAUAAAAUAUUCGCCGCAUCAGGGAAUGAAGUUAAGGGUUAUACGAAAAAAGGAAAAGUAUUUUUCACAAUAGAAACUUUGCUCUCGGAAACCAUCACUUCUAUGUGUGUUCUUGGUGGUGAUUUAAUUUUGUGCAGUGGACGUACAGUGACCUGCUAUAGAGACUUAAGAGAGCAUCACUCUUAUGUCUGUGAAGAUAGAGUACUAGAUGUUGCCGCAUUUACGGCACCUAAUAGUCCGCGCAUAAGACUGCUAGUACUAGUCGCUAAUAAGGGCGUGGAAAUUUUGGAUAGCGGACAGCUCCUAGCCCAUUUAGCAAUAUCGGCGGGGCCGUCCCGUCUUGCUGUACCGCCGCCUCUGCACAUAUCGUAUAUCCAUGCAUUCUAUGGAGCCGCUGAUGGUUCUAUUGGAUAUAUUACUUAUGAAGGAACAAAACUUACAAGCAAUUGCCUUAUGGAAGGUCGAGGACUUGGUACUGUGAUGUGUAUGGGAUGGUUCUACAAUAACGCAGGAACCCAUCUCGCUGUAGGUCGUCACGAUGGCUCUAUACAACUCUACCUCGUCGAUAUGGAAAAUCUGACGGAGAAACCACGACUUAAAUUUACUUAUUUUUGUGGAGAACCAGUGACGUCAGUCUGUGGUGGAUGCGUGGGCACAGAAGAGAGCGAACUACUGGCGGCUACUUUCUCCGGUAGAAUAUUUGCUCUCCGUUCACAAAGACUCAUGUCCGGAUUAUCUAAUUUAGCUAAUAUUUCUGCGGAUGCUCUUACUGCGCGGCGUUCCAAACUCGAAACAGAAGUCGCCCGUUUAGAGAAACAAGUAGCGAACGAACGUGAAAAAUAUCAGAGGAACACGCGUUCUCUGCAUUCCGGGAUGUCUAUUCCACCUCUCUUGGAUAUACAAUACGAGCUUUCAGGAGCUACUCACGAUGGUUGGCAAGAAGUGCAAUUGACAUCUGCAGUUCCCUUGGAUAUGCUGUUUAUUUUCUGCAAAAGAAAGUUGAAUUUGCUGACUGAUAACACAGCAGUACUUAGCAUAUGUUCUUCGCAGGAAACAGAAAAGGACCUUCUUGCCACAGUCAGAUGCCAAGCUGGUACACGGCGGUUGUGGGUCCGCAUGUGUUACAUAUUACAUAAAGGAAAUUUAAGCAGCAGAGCACAGACAGUACGCGUUUUGAUAUACGUUUUACCUACAGGAGCACCAAGAGUCGCACGUCUCAUAACACUAAAGUUGCCAGUGCUGCCGUAUUACUCCCAGCAUGAAAAUUUGGAAACAGAAAAUGAAGAAAGAUCAUGGUGUCAGUUGCGGGUAUCCGGUAGUUUCUCGGUUGCAGAGAUGACAUCAUGGCUGACCGAUGCUUUGCCAAGCGAUCUUCCGAGACCUUCGACUAAUGUUGCUUUCGCCCGGUCACAUACUCUACUCAACACUAUGCUUAUUGCUAGAUACCAACGCGGUACAGCAGUAUUUAAAUCUGAUAAUAUUUCAACAAUUGCCAUAAUGAAGGAUAUCAUAUCAAAUUGCUCUGUACAGAAAUCCAUUCGUGUGGAAAUUUCAUUUGAUGUUCCAGAAGACACCUGUAUGAAGUCUUUUUUAAUGAUUAAAAAUCUGUUUGAGUCUGAAUACAAAGUCCACAAAGAUGUUGCUUUGAAUAAAGCCCUCAGUUCUUUAGACUUGGAGAGUAAUUUUAUUGAAGAAAAUACUUCUUUAUGUGAAGAUUACUUGCAAGUUAUGAGAAAUAAAGAUGAUGCUAAUAUGGAAACACAUUUUGAUGAGCUUGUUGAAAUUAUUGAGCAGUGGUAUAUGGACUGGCAUACACUUGCUCUACAAGGGCAUGAUUUCCACAAUGGAAGGGCAAAACUGAAGAAAGCUCUGCAUGAAAAUAAUCUUGAUAAAAUUAUAGAUAUUCUUAACAAUAGACAGUAAUUUUUUUACAAUCUUAUUUCAGUAUUCAAAUGUAGUU